CAUAAGCAAAUAAUGAAACAUUUUAAAACCUACCAAAAAAUUACCUCGAAAAACGGACGGUCAUGUAUCAUUUCUAAUAAGUAAUCUGACCUAAAGUAGUAUUUUUAACCGUCUCGGAGACUACGAGAGAGAGAAUGAAUGUGAGUGCGUAGAAGAGAGAAAGGGAGAGCGGGCUACGCGUGGGCGCGAAGGAGAGAGCUGAAAGUGGAACGCGCACUACCUAGUUUAUCAGUAGAUAUCAGACAGAUGCGUGCGACAGUCUGAGAGUUUGAGUUUCAGAGGAAGGAUAUUAAACGUUAGCGUUUGCACUGUCGCUAACGGGGUCUGUAGGACAUACUGAGCAAAAGAUAAGGAAUGGCAGUUGAUAUUUGUCGCCAAUUGAGAGCCGUCUGGCAAAAAAAGGGUGACUUCAAGAGCUUGAGGGGGCAACACCACAACACAACCAACACAAACACACACUGAACCUCGGCAUGCUGUCGAACGAGAGCUGUGAGAACAGCACCCAUAUCCACACGGACGGGAACCCGGUGGUGAGCACAGUGAUGUUCAUCUUGGGGGUGAUGGGGAACUUCAUCGCCCUGGCCAUCCUGGGGGUCCACCAGAAGGAGCGACGCACCAAGUCCUCUGUCUUCUGCAUCCUGGUGACGGGACUGGCCCUGACUGACCUGCUGGGAACCUGCUUCCUCAGCCCCCUGGUGUUUGUGUGCUAUGCCCGCCAGCGAUCCCUGCUGGGGCUCACUGGGGACCAGGGACUCUGUGGCCUCUUUGCCUUUGCCAUGACCUUCUUUGGCCUGGCCUCCAUGCUCAUCCUCUGUGCCAUGGCCGUGGAGCGCUGCCUGGCCAUCAGCCACCCUUAUUUUUACUCCAAGUGCGUCCGACGCAGCUUCGCCAAGGUGGCCCUCCUGCUUAUCUACAUCUUCACCUGCGCCUUCUGUGUUUUGCCAUUCUUCGGCUUUGGCCGCCACAAGCAGUACUGCCCGGGCACGUGGUGCUUCAUCAAGAUGGAGGCGGCAGGCGAGGGGGUGGACGAAGAGAGGAAGGUUCUGGCGUUCUCUCUGUCCUACGCCUCGCUCAUGGCGCUGCUGAUCGUGGCGGUGUUUGUGUGCAACGGCUCUGUGAUUGUCAGCCUGUGCCGGAUGCACCGCAGCCAGAUGACACGGCGUGGUUCGGUGGUGAAUGGAGGGAGGAAGAGGAAGAUGAGUCUGGGCUGGUUCGGACAGGGGGAGGAGGAGAUGGACCACCUGAUGUUGCUGGCCUCCAUGACGGUCAUCUUCGUUGUCUGCUCCUUGCCGCUCACUAUUGCCGGUUUUGCCAAUGCCAUCGAGCCGGUGGGUGACGACCAGGAGAACCUGCUGGCGUUCCGUUUCCAGGCCCUCAACCCCAUCGUGGACCCCUGGGUCUUCAUCAUCUUCCGCAAGUCCGUGUUCCGCCACCUCCGCUCGCUGCUGCGCUGCCGCUUCACGGGGGGAGCGGUGAAGAACACGGCCCACUGCACCUUCUCCUUAACCCCUGACGACCACAGGGAGUCUCCCAAACCCUUGCCCUCUGUUUCCUUGCAGCCCAAGCUAUACUCCAGCCUCUUAUGUGGGGGUGGGACUAGGGGCAGGAAAGAGAAUGGGAUUUAGGGAUGGAUGGAUGUAGGAGAGCAGACAUUUGGGGGAAGGGGUUCGGGAUUUAGGGUUUGGAGAAUUAACUUUUUUGAUUAUUAGUACCUUAUCCACUGUUGACUAGGAUACAUAUAGUAUACCCGAUGCAUGAGUAUACCCGAUGCAUGAGUAUACCCGAUGCAUGAGCUACAUGUUUCAUACAUGUGAUUGCCAUAUAAAAAGACUGCAAAGUGAGCGAUUAUGCCUCCAAACACACUGAAAACAAAACAAAAAACUCCAAGCAACUGAAAUGGAUGUAUGCAGGAGACCACUAAGGGAUUCAUUAUGGACAACCAGCCCUGGAAUGGCAAAGGACUCUGUUGACAUACAGUGCCUUCAGAAAGUAUUCAUACUUUAUUUUUACCUUUCAGCAAUUCAGUUAAUAACAAAUUCUUAUUUUCAGUAAUGGCCUAGGAACAGUGGGUUAGCUGCCUUGUUCAGGGGCAGAACAACAGAUUUUUACCUUGUCAGCUCGGGGAUUCGAUCUUGCAAUCUUUCGGUUACAAGUCCAACGCUCUAACCAGUAGGCUACCUGCCACCCCUUGACUUAUUCCACGUUUUGUUGUGUUACAGCCUGAAUUCAAAAUAGAUUAGAUAUAUUGUUUUCCUCACCCAUUACACACAAUACCCCAUAAUGACGAAGUGAAAAUAUGUUUUUAGAAAUGUUUGUAAAUGUUUUGAAAAUGAAAUACAGGAAUAUCUUAUUUACGUAA